AUGGUGUCCAAGGCUCUUCAUAUUGAACUCGCCACAGACCUCUCUAGCGAGGCUUUUCUAACGGCGUUUCGCAGGUUUAUCAGUCGGAAAGGCGUUCCGGAGCACGUGUGUUCGGAUAACGGUACCAAUUUUGUGGAAGCGGCCAAAGAGCUUCGGGAAUUGUACGAUUUCGUGGAUUCGUCCAACUUCACGGAAGCUUUCGGAUCUUACGCGUUAUCUAAACGAAUCGAAUGGCACUUUAAUCCUCCUUUAUCUCCACACUUCGGUGGCAUUGGGGAAGCAGCUGUGAAGAGUUUUAAGCAUCAUUUGAGAAGAGUUAUCAAGGAUCAAAAGCUCACAUAUGAGCAACUUAAUACUUUACUCAUAGAAAUAGAAGCCAUAUUAAAUUCUAGACCAUUGUACACUCUUUCAGCUGAUCCCAAUGAUCCACUCGCUAUAACUCCAGCCCAUCUCUUAAUCGGCCGAUCUUUCAAUGCAUUUCCUGAACGUUCUCUUUUGCCAGUUCCAGAUAAUCGUCUAUCUAUUUACAACUUUAUUAUCAAAGCCAAAUAG